AUGCUGAAGACGUCGCCAGCUCUGUCCGCUUCCGCCAAUGCCUCACCUACCGCUUUUCGAUAUGCGACCUCGUCCCCUCAGCACUCCUCCAAGCCUUCGCCAGCUCUCCGGCGACGGCCUUCUACCCGCUCCAACGCUUCGUCUGCCACCGACGCCAUGAAGUCCUCUCCGAUACAACGUCCGAGACAAUACGUCGCAAAUGAUCCAGGCAUACAUGGAUCCCCCAACGAAGCCCAACGACCACCGUCCUCACUCUCCCAAAAGGCCUCUGCACAACCUUCGCAAUCGCCCCAUCCUGCUCCCCCCUCACGAUCCUCCCAGGACCAACCUGUGCAACCAGGUCAAUCUCUAAGCGGGGUUUCGCCAACAAAACGUCGAAGCUCGCCCGCGCCGAUUGAUCCUCUAGCCACUGUCGCUGCAGACUCAUCACCACAAACGAGCAAACGUCCAAAACCAGAUACGCCGCUGUCAAAAGUACUACCGGACCGCUAUGAAUUCUGUGCCAUCGAGGACAUGGUGGAACUGGUUGCGCAUAUGCUGUCAGAGCUGAUCACUACAAAUGACGCCAUUCGAAUAUCAAAUGGCGGUUUGACACGCUUUCACUCAAGAACCCCGCCUGGAAUAUCAGUUCGAGAUUAUCUGCACCGUUUGGCUCGCCAUGCAACCCUGACACCACCGCUUCUCUUAGCGAUGGUCUACUAUAUUGAUCGGCUUUGCGCUAUGUAUCAGGAAUUUACUAUUAAUACGUUGACCGUGCAUCGGUUUCUCAUAACGGCAGCUACAGUUGCAGCCAAAGGGUUGUCAGACUCUUUUUGGAAUAACACCACUUAUGCCCGGGUUGGUGGAGUUCGAGUUGCCGAACUCAAAUUACUAGAAUUGGAAUUCCUCUACCGCGUGGAUUGGAAAAUUGUUCCAAAUCCCGAAGUUCUCGUUGCAUAUUACAAGGGUCUUGUGGAGCGAACACCCGGAUACGUCCUAGAGUCGGAUGGCUCCGAUGAAGAGGACGAAGAAGAUGAUGACGAAGAUAUCGAGGACUGUGACAACGCUGCCUCGGAGAACUAGAGUCGUGGACUGAUUGGCUCUCAUACGGUACCGAGACAUAGAUGAUCCGUCCUAUCUCCGCGGAUCGAACAUGGACACGAGAUGGUAUCAUGUUUCAGUGAAGACCAUGUCGCAAACGGGAGUAAGGGCAUGAUGAGAAAAUUAAGGAACGGUUAUGCAUAGCACAUCAUUUGCAGGCGUUUAGGGUCAGGCGAUUUGCUCGAUUGUAUUAUGAUGGUUUCUAGGGAAAGAAAGGCAACGGAUGUUUUAAGUAAAUAUUUCAGAGGCAAGAAGCCACACUUUAGAUUCGAACAUUUUCGAACGUAGCCU